AAGAGCCAGCGAGUUGCGAGCAGUACGUUUACACACACACACACACACACAUAGACACGCAGCUCUAUGUGUUUAACACAGGCGCGCACAGAGGUAGAGCUACACAGACACAAUAGCUGCAGCAGCGGGAAGCACAGCAGCUCAUAAAUCUGCUCAGGUCUGCGGAGUACAUCCAAAUCUCAGGCGCUCACUGACUGACUGGUGCUCCAGCCUCGCUGUCUUUCUUUCCACCUGGUUUAUCAUCAAAAGCCCGACGAAACGUGAAAAAAAGAUUCAUGAAGAGCGGACGAUCGUGCUUUUGGUGGAGUGGGCGAGUUUGUUUAAACAGGAUAGACUUGAGAAGACACACGCUUUAUCUGCCCGGCUUUGCAAUUUAGUACGGAAAUUGAGUACAAGGGUCUGAAUUUAAGGUGUUUUGUAAAAACAAAAAAAAAUCCCCCAAAAGAUGGGUCGAGCGCCGAAGUGGUGCAGGGAUCUUGUCUUUUCGCUGGUGUUAUUUUUAGGGGUUUUACUGCCCUUUUCAAGAACUCUGAUGUACACCAACCACUGGGCUGUGAGAAUAACCGGAGGCAAUGAAGAGGCCAAUGCAAUAGCAAGCAAAUACGGAUACAGAAACUUGGGACAGAUUGGGUCCUUGAAAGACUACUACCACUUUUACCACAGUAGGACAAUGAAACGAUCAACAAUUUCUAUUCGAGGAACUCAUAGCUUCAUCUCAAUGGAACCAAAGGUGGAAUGGAUACAGCAGCAGGUGGUAAAACGACGGAUAAAGAGAGAUUUUAAAGCUGGAGCUCCUCAGUAUCCUUACUUCAAUGAUCCUAAAUGGUCAAGCAUGUGGUACAUACACUGCAACGAUGACACUCAUCACUGCCAAUCAGAUAUGAACAUUGUGGGUGCUUGGCGGAGAGGCUAUACAGGUCGAAAUGUAGUGGUAACAAUUCUGGAUGAUGGCAUUGAGAGGAACCACCCUGACUUGCAGCAGAAUUAUGAUCAAAUGGCUAGCUUUGAUGUCAAUGGAAAUGACUGGGAUCCCAUGCCUCGUUAUGAUGCCAGCAAUGAGAACAAGCAUGGGACUCGAUGUGCAGGAGAAGUAGCUGCUGUUGCAAACAAUUCACAUUGCACAAUAGGAGUUGCUUACAAUGCCAAGAUUGGAGGUGUUCGCAUGCUGGAUGGUGAUGUGACCGAUAUGGUGGAAGCAAAGUCUCUCAGUUUGAGCCCUCAGCACAUUGACAUCUAUAGUGCCAGCUGGGGACCAGAUGAUGAUGGAAAAACUGUGGAUGGCCCAGCAUCCCUUGCGAUACGGGCCUUUGAGAAUGGCAUCAGACAAGGCCGUGGAGGUCUGGGCUCCAUCUACGUGUGGGCAUCUGGUAAUGGUGGCCGUAGCCGAGAUCACUGUUCCUGCGAUGGUUAUACCAAUAGCAUCUAUACAAUCUCUAUUAGUAGUACAGCUGAGAGUGGGAAGAAGCCUUGGUACUUGGAGGAAUGCUCAUCAACCCUUGCUACUACUUAUAGCAGUGGAGAGUCUUAUGAUCGAAAAAUAAUCACAACUGACCUCAGGCAGCGAUGUACAGAUAGUCACACUGGAACAUCUGCUUCGGCACCAAUGGCUGCUGGGAUUAUUGCACUCGCACUGGAAGCAAACCCUUACCUGAAUUGGAGGGAUGUGCAGCAUAUUAUUGUGAGAACGUCACGCUCUGGCCAUUUGAAUGCUCCAGACUGGAAGAGCAAUGCUGCUGGAUACAGAGUGAGCCACUUAUAUGGAUUUGGAUUAAUGGAUGCAGAAGCUAUGGUGAAAGAAGCAGAGCGUUGGAAAUCAGUCCCACCCCAACAUAGCUGCGUAGAGAACCCAGACAAACAAAGCAGAACUAUCCGUCCUGAACAUCACGUGAGAGCAGUCUACAAAGCCACUGGUUGUUUAGACAACGCAAACCACCGCGUGAUUUAUUUGGAACAUGUUGUUGUCCGAGUCACCAUUUCCCACCCUCGACGAGGUGACCUGGCAAUAUACUUGACCUCUCCAUCUGGAACAAAGUCUCAGCUCUUGUCUAACAGGUUGUUUGAUCAUUCCAUGGAAGGGUUUAAAAGUUGGGAAUUCAUGACCACACAUUGCUGGGGUGAAAAGGCAGCAGGUGACUGGAUCCUUGAAAUUCAUGACAGUCCUUCACAACUCCGCAACUUCAAAACACCAGGUAAACUGAAGGAGUGGUCUCUUGUACUUCAUGGCACAUCCAUCCAUCCGUACACUUCUUUAUAUACAAGGUUAGAUCAACUAAAGGUGCGAUCAAGUCCAAGGGAAGAUGUCUCUGAUGACUAUGCAGAUGAGUACACUGGACCUUGUCAUACUGAAUGUAAUAAUGGUUGUGAUGGACCUGGGCCCCAACAAUGCAUUGAUUGUUUGCAUUACUUCCUCAAGUUUAAAAACAAUACAAGAACCUGUGUUCCUGAAUGCCCAAGCGGAUUCUUUGGUGAUGAGAAGAAACGUUGUAAAAAAUGCUGGUCAGUUUGUGAUGUAUGUGUAGGAAGCCGGAGUGACCAAUGCACAUCCUGUAAAAGUGGCUACCACUUGAAUGAAGAGACUAAUGUCUGUAUACCUAAUUGCUCAGAUAGUUUCUACCUCGAUAAAGGUGAUAAUAUGUGUAAAAGAUGUAGUGAGAACUGCAGGAAAUGUAGUGCAUUCCACCAUUGUACAGAUUGUAGACCAGGCUGGAGAUUGCAAGGUCAAAAGUGUGUUUUCAGUUGUGAACCUGGAACUUACUUUAAUUCACUGAGCAGGGAGUGUGAAAAAUGUCAUUUGUCCUGUGCAACAUGUGCAGGUCCAGGCCAAGAGUCCUGUACACAAUGUGCUACAGAUUACUACCUGGAGGAGUGGAGAUGUGUGUUGAGUUGUAGUCUUGGCUACUAUAUAGAUCAGGCAUCUGAACGUGGUGAAAAAAUAUGCAGGAGGUGUGAUGCAAGCUGUUUAACUUGUGCUGGCCAGGGAGAAAGAAACUGUAGUACCUGCCCAAGUGGGUAUAACCUCGAGGGGGGAGUCUGUGUGGUCGGUACUGUUUGCAAAGAUGCAACGGAAGAAUCGUGGGCCGAGGGAAGUUUCUGCGUCCUCGUGAAAAAGAACAGUCUUUGCCAACGAAAAGUGCUUCAACAACUGUGUUGCAGAACAUGUUCACUUAAGGGUUGAACAGAUGACCACAGGGUUCCCCCUCCUUCGCUCCUGUAUGCACACAUGUAAAUUCUUUUAAUAUUAAAAAAAAUAGAAAGCCACCCUUUCUCCUCCUCCAAGCAGGUGGUGAACUGUGUGACAGAACUUUUAUUGGUGAAGCAAUUACAACAGACCUACCUUUCACUUCAGGUGUUUACUGUCUGACAUCUGGAAUAACUAACUUGUCAGUAUUUUACUUUUAUGACCAAAGUGUGUAAUGCCAAACUUUCUAUUUGAAAAUGAGAUAUGAUUUUCUCUCCAUCUCCCACUAUCAGACCACCCCACCCCCCCUGACACACACACACACACACACACACACACACACACACACACACACACACACACACACACACCC